UCGAACGUGGUCUCAUUUUCUACAGACGUCAUGCCUGCUGAAGUUGUCAAACCCGCGCCCAAGAAGGGCUCCAAGAAAGCCGUCUCUAAGACCGCAGUGAAAGGCGGCAAGAAGCGCAGAAAGACCAGGAAGGAGAGCUAUGCCAUCUACGUGUACAAAGUGCUGAAGCAGGUCCACCCCGACACCGGCAUCUCCUCCAAGGCGAUGGGAAUCAUGAACUCCUUCGUCAACGACAUCUUCGAGCGCAUCGCCGGUGAGGCCUCUCGUCUGGCUCACUACAACAAGCGCUCCACCAUCACCUCCAGGGAGAUCCAGACCGCCGUCCGCCUGCUGCUCCCCGGUGAGCUGGCCAAGCACGCAGUGUCUGAGGGCACCAAGGCUGUGACCAAGUACACCAGCUCCAAGUAAACUUGCCACCUUAUCUUAAACAAACGGUCCUUUUAAGGACCACCUAACUACA